AUGGUUCAACCAAGGAUCUUGUUCAUCGACGCCUAUGAUUCCUUCUCCAACAACAUUAUCACCCUCGUCGAAGGAUCCCUGGGAGUUUCUGUAACAAAACUCACAAUCGACUCCCCACUUCCUUCUCACCUCCAUGAGUCGUAUGCGGGUAUCAUCAUUGGCCCAGGUCCCGGAAGCCCCUACGAACCAGCCGAUGUAGGCUGUAUUCAGCAAGUAUGGUCUCUACCAGAAGAUCAGAUGUUACCUGUUCUGGGGAUUUGCCUAGGAUUCCAAAGCCUUGUGGUUCAUUUUGGAGGCGCCGUUGAGCGGUUACCAUAUCCGCGUCACGGCAUCGAAACCGAUGUUCAGUGCUGCAAUGACCCCCUCUUCGUGGGAAUUCCCACACUGCGUUCUGUGCAAUAUCACUCCCUCCACGGUGUCCUUGGACAUACAUUCGAAAAUGGGGAUCUUUGGGAUUCGCAUGAAACAUGUCCGGAGCUUGUUCCGUUGGCAUGGGACAUUGACCACACAUUUUCGCGGGCCCCUCCUACUCCCGAAGACUCGCGAAUUGCAUUCGGCAGGCUUAACCCGACGCACAUCCUCAUGUCUGUAAAGCAUGAGACUAAACCGUUCUACGGAGUCCAGUUUCACCCGGAAUCGGUUUGCUCGAGUCCUGAAGCACGUCAAGUGAUCAACAAUUGGUGGAAGAUUGCCAAGGAAUGGACGAGCCACCGUCUGAUUUCUCAGCCAGGUGAAACCCCUGAGCCUAGCUCAGUCCUAUCGAAGUUAUUGGACCUAGAAAACUUGAGUCUUGCCAUUAUCAGAGAUGCUCUCAUCCCGAAUGGAGACGAGCUGAUUGUUUUGGACUCCGAGAUGGCCCAAAAUUCACCUCUGGGUAACUAUUCUAUCCUCGGUCUAGUCUACCCGGAUACCCUCCGCGUCUCUUAUAGCGCAGGGGAUAAGCAAGUUCGCCUAGAGCAAGGCGAUGAAUCAACCACUGAAACUUUGGGUGGUGAUGAUCGCCACAUCUUCACCUUUCUCAAGACGUUCAUGGAAAGCCGCAAGAAGCUGCAUGGAAAUGAAAAGUCUCCAUUUUGGGGAGGACUGAUGGGUUACAUCGGUUACGAAGCUUGUUUGGAGACUCUGGGUAUCAAGGCUCAGCCUCAUCCCGAACGUCCAGAUUUACAGUUUGCAUUUGUCGAGCGGAGUAUUGUGAUAGAUCACACUGCUCGUCAACUCCAUGUCCAGAGCAUCAAGAUUGAUGAUCAACAGUGGGUCAACGAAUCGGCUUCCAUCUUGGGCGGCCUGGCAAGCCCGGAGUUGCGUUCCGAGGACCAAAUCACCGAAGACCACGCAGAGAAUUGUCCAUCCCGCUCUAACUCAUCAUCUUCAUUAUCCAAAGAGGAUUCACUUGAGAGUUUAGAUACCAGCCCUAGUUUCUCGCCUUCAUCCGCAGAUGUGGACGUUAACAAGCUAGUUACACGCACAAAGUUCACUAUUCCCGACGAGGUCGCAUACACGAGAAAGAUCCGGGAGUGCAAGACAGAGAUUCAGCACGGCAACUCGUACGAACUAUGUUUGACCGACCAGACCAAGAUUGACAUUUCUUCUCCUAUUUCCCCGUGGGCAAGAUACCUACGCCUCCGCAGAGUCAACCCCGCCCCCUUUGGUGCAUUCAUCCGCCUUGGGCCAAUCACUGUACUGUCGUCUUCUCCAGAACGGUUCCUAUCGUGGACUCGUCCCAACAUGGAAGACGAGGUCAAUUGCCAGUUCCGGCCUAUCAAGGGCACUGUCAAGAAGCGACACGAAAAUCCUGAUGGGAGCACACGCUUCGUCAAUAUUGCCACGGCGAAGGAGAUUCUGGCCUCACCUAAAGAACGAGCGGAGAGCUUGAUGAUCGUUGACCUCAUUCGUCAUGACCUUACUGGUGCCCAAUCCAGGGAUGUGCGAACAACCUCACUGAUGCAGGUUGAAGAAUACGAAAGCGUUUAUCAGCUGGUAACCGUCAUAGAAGGCACGAUGCGGCCAACAUGCGCUGCCAAUGACCCAAACUACCGACCCCUAAGCAUGGGAAUCGACGUCCUUGCCGCCAGUUUGCCGCCAGGGAGUAUGACAGGAGCCCCCAAAAAGCGGUCGUGUCAGUUGCUUCGAGGUAUUGAGGAAGAAAAACCACGAUCGAUAUAUUCAGGUGUGCUGGGGUACAUGGAUGUUAGAGGCGGAGGAGAUUUCUCUGUCGUCAUACGUACCGCCUACCGCUGGGAUGAUGAGACCACUGAGACAGACGAGACGUGGAGAAUUGGAGCAGGCGGUGCCAUCACCGACAUGAGCCAGGAACUAGCCGAGUGGGAUGAGAUGCACACCAAAGUUGACGCUGUGCUUCGGUCGUUCAAGCUUGUCAACCAAGUCUCAUCUUAG